AUGAGCAUCGCGCCAGUACCUCGCUCUCCUAGCGUUGUAGCCCAGUCAACACAUUCCACGCUAGACGCCAAUACCGGGAAACGGCGCGCGCUCGACAGCCAGUGUACCACCAAGAUCUCGUCGAAAGGCGAGUCAACCACGGCGUUGGGGCUAUUGAGACUGGAAUGGGAGAUCUUGACUCUUAGCACCGCCGUCAAGCUACUCCUAUUUCCGACCUACCACUCUACCGACUUUGAGGUGCACCGCAAUUGGCUGGCCAUCACCCGCACUCUCCCCAUCCGCGAUUGGUACUUUGAAGCAACUUCACAAUGGACGCUCGACUAUCCGCCCUUCUUUGCCUACUUUUCCUGGCUUCUUGCUCAACCGGCGCCAUUGGUCGAUCCGCUGAUAGUGAGCUUGCACGAGGGGCUUGAAUAUGCAGCGUGGUCAUGCAAGGCCUACAUGCGUACCACGGUCGUGGUCACUGAGCUCGUUCUCGCAGCAGCCUUGCUGGCUCACGCGAGGUUAGGUGCACAGAGGACGGUCAAGAUCGGAUACUCGGAUCAAGUGUCGGCAACGGGCGUGUCGACCUCGUAUCUGCUCGCAGCAAGCCUGCUGAUGCACCCAGGGCUGAUCAUCAUUGAUCACAUACAUUUCCAGUACAAUGGCUUCCUGUUCGGUAUCCUGGCAUGGUCGCUCUGGGCUGCUCGGGAGGACAAGCCGCUGUGGUGCGCUUUCCUGUUCAGCUCUCUUCUUAAUCUCAAGCACAUCUACGUCUACGUUGCGCCGCCAUUUCUGAUCUUCCUUCUGCGGUCCUAUGUCUUUCCCAUCGGCAGUCGAGCAAGCGAUCUUGGACGCAGCUUUGAACGUCUGCUCACGGUGGGCGUGGUCACUUUGAUCCCCUUCUUGCUCAGUCUGGCACCCGUUGCAAUUGAUGGAUUGCGACACGAGAAGGGCUCCUUCGGCGUUCUCACACAAAUGGUGCAGAGGCUGUUCCCGUUCAGUCGCGGUCUGAUCCAUGCUUAUUGGGCUCCUAAUGUCUGGGCGCUGUGGACGUUUGCCGAUCGUGUACUGGUCAAGCUGCUACCGAGAAUACCUGCUCUGCGAACUUUGCUACCAGCUAGCUUUUCAGCACGAUUCGAUGGUGCAGCUGGCUCCGGCUUUGCAUCAGCUUCGCGUGGACUGGUGGAAAAGAUUUCGUUUGGUGUGCUUCCCGAGAUCCGCGCCUCGACGUGCUUCGUUCUCACACUGACGUUGACGUCGGUGUACAUGCUCAAGCUAUGGCAGACGCCCACCUAUCGAUCCUUCUUGGCUUCGGUAAGCCUGUGCGGAUUUGCCUCCUUCCUGUUCGGCUGGCACGUGCACGAAAAAGCCAUCAUGCUGCCACUCAUCCCCUACACGUUUCUCGCCGCUGUCGACUAUGCCCACUUUCGGACGUUUGUGCUGCUCAGCGUGUCAGGGAUUGUCUCGCUGUUUCCGCUGCUCUUCACGCCGCAAGAGGAACCGAUCAAGAUUGGCUACUCAGUUUUGUGGGGAUUGCUGGCACUGAGCAUGCUGCAAAGACGCGUGUUGAGACCGGUGCAGUCGAAUCUGGGCAUUUUGGUGCAUCAGCUUGAGACGCUGUAUAUGUGGGGAUUUGUGGCAUUGCAGGUAUAUGUGUCGCUCAUGCACCCCUUGGUGUUUGCAACAGCGGGAGGACAGGAAGCUGUUGUUCCUACAGUCAGCCCGGCCGUUGCGCUAUCCAACCUGACCACGGCCGACAUUGCUGCCUCUGCAUUAGAUGCUGCUGCUGCUGCUCGGUCGUAUGCAGCCACAGUUGCAGCGAACAUGGAAGAUGGCAUUGUGAACGGCUCUGUCCUUUCCACAGCGAUAUCUGACAGCGCAAAAUCGUCAGACUCGCAUGCAAGCAACACAAUGCCGGCAGAGGUCACACUCGUUGAUCCUAUCGAUGCUAUGCCGGUAGCUGCGACGCUGGCCGUCAACACCGCCGACUUUGACGCUCCACAGCCAGCAGCAACACAUUCCGCCGACGUCUUGUCCGUUGCAGCCGCCUCUCAACGCGCUCAAGCGACUGCUCUGACUCCAGAGACAGCGAGACCACACUUGCAGCAAGACGAGAAGCCCAAAAUUGCAUGGUCGUCGUCGUCGUCAUCAAUGGAGUUCCUACCGCUGAUGAUGGUGAGCGUGUACUGCAGCAUCGGCGUUAUCUGGGCAUGGAUCCGAGCUUCCGCGCUGUACCUCUCGAGCGAAUCGUAA